CAGUGAGCCAACCUGCUGCAGCUUGGAACGAGGCCAUGUCACUCUGCUGUGCGAGUAUCACGUCGGGGCACUCGAGCUCCUUUGUUGCUGUAUCAAACCAACCCUGCCAACAUCGCACCCCCUUCUGCACGUCAGAACAUGUGUGAGCUGUGUGCUGCUCGUGUGUGGGCGCGUGGGCGUGUCUUGGGGACCUCUCUGACCCCGCUCGGUCUGGUUUGCUUUUGGUUUCCUAUUACGUUUUUUAACGGUGCUCCCUCUCACGCCGUCGCAAAGAUCAACGAUACCAGGCAGUUCAUCCGCGUGCAGACAGGAUCUCUGGCAGGACGGCCCCUUGUCGGCUCGAGUAUCUAUUAAUCCAGGCCGGCUGCCCCUUUGUCGUCCAGCCUGGCCUUGGGCUAGAUUUCAACGUCUUGGACCCGGCCUUUGUGAUCGAUUUCAUUAUCAUCAAUCACACCUAAGAAUCGACAUCCCCAUAAAAGUGCAUCGCCAGUUGGCACCCACACCGCCUGGCUGCACUAGCGACACCCCGAAGAAGCC